AUGGACAUGAAGCAAAUAGAAACUCCCAAACUAGACAGACAAAAUGAAGUGCUUCAGAGAGCGGACACCCAGGUCUCCCAAGAUGGCUCAGUUGUACCAGUGAAGGAGAAGAAGCUCAUGGAUGUGAAACUAGGAGAGCUGCCCAGCUGGAUACUGAUGCGGGAUUUCACCCCUAAGGGCAUUGCUGGAGCAUUUCAAAGAGGUUACUACCGGUAUUACAACAAGUAUGUCAAUGUGAAGAAAGGGGGCGUUGCUGAGAUUUCUAUGGUGCUAGCAGCUUAUGUGCUUUUCAACUACUGUCCUUGUUACAAGGAACUCAGACAGGAGCGGCUACGCAAGUACCACUGA